UGCGCCUGUGUCGGCGCCUGCGCGAGCGCGACUCUGUCCAGCCCCUCCCACUGCUCACGGCUGGUCAGGGUGACUGCGCACGCGCCUGGUUAUAAACAACUUGUGAAAUGAGUGAUUUGGAAGAUGAUGAGACACCACAGCUUUCUGCCCACGCCUUAGCAGCUCUCCAGGAAUUUUAUGCUGAGAAAAAGCAACAAAUUGACCCAGGCAAGGAUGAUAAAUAUAACAUUGGAAUAAUAGAAGAGAAUUGGCAAUUGAGUCAGUUCUGGUAUAGUCAGGAAACUGCUCUGCGACUUGCACAGGAGGCAACUGCGGCUGUAGGAGAGGGUGGCAGAAUCGCAUGUGUGAGUGCCCCCAGUGUUUACCAGAAACUCAGAGAGAUGUGCAGAGAAGACUUUUCUGUAUACAUCUUUGAAUAUGACAAAAGAUUUGCCAUGUAUGGAGAGGAGUUUAUUUUCUAUGAUUACAAUAAUCCAUUGGACUUACCCGAAAGAAUUGCUGCACAUAGUUUUGACAUCGUAAUAGCAGAUCCUCCCUAUCUUUCGGAGGAAUGUCUCAGAAAAACAUCAGAAACCAUCAAGUACCUGACUCAGGGCAAGAUUCUGCUGUGCACAGGGGCUGUCAUGGAAGAACAGGCAGCAGAACUCCUUGGAGUGAAGAUGUGCACGUUUAUUCCAAAACACACCCGGAACUUGGCAAAUGAGUUUCGCUGUUAUGUGAAUUAUGAUUCUGGGCUGGACUGUCUGAUCUAAUUACAGAUGGUGACAUAACACAGGAGGGAAACCUCUCACAUUCCCCCUUUUUUAUUUUCCUAGUAGAUUGAAAAGUUAUAAUCUCUUCCCCUUCCCCCAAAACUGGAGCUGUCCCUGGCCUGAUUUCCAAAAUAAAGUACAUGACCUUCAUUAUUGUUUCCUUAGGGAGGGCCUCCCUAGAGCUCAGUCUUCUGCCAACCUAAAUCCGUGGAAUUCAAGCUGGAAGAAACCUUAGAACCUGUUUGAUCUACUCUCCUCAUUUAACAGAACAGUUGUGUGGCUCGCCCAAGGGCUCCUGAAUGAGACAGGACUUUGGCCUCUGCCUCGAGCCAGAGAAGUCUGAUAAAAUCCUAGGACUUGUGAGGACUCCCACCCCCCUGUCCCACCCCAGCCCUCCAAGGAGACAGACUUACCUCCAUGAAAUAAGGUAAUAAUCCAAUAACUAGUGUCUGAGUGCUUCUUGGGGCUCUCCUCCUCCUCCAGGUUCUAGGGGGACUGCGAGGGUGACAGGUGCCCAGGUGCCUCCCCAUGUGGCUCAGCCUCAGCACCUUCCCUCUGAACGGCCUGAGAAAAUGAAAGUGCCAUGUGUAAAUCAAACACCAGGACCAAAAAAUGGAGCUGGGGAGUAUGCUAGAUUCUCACUAUUCAGAAAAUAUUCCUCUGCGCAUACCCCAGAGGACAUCUCAGCAAUCGGAAGUGAACACACAGCACGGCUGAGUCUCCAGGGCAUCAUGCUGAGUGAAAGAGCCACUCUGCAAAGGUCACACACUGGAUGUUUCUAGGUGUGACAUUCUCAGGGAGGAGAGAUUUGUGGGUGCAGGGGGAAUAUCAGGAUGGGGCGAAGGGGAUGGGCAGACCACAAAGGGGACUUAUCCUUGGUGCUGGCAUGUUCUUUGUCUUGUCUGUGGUGGUGGCUUCAUGAAUCUGCACAUGUGGCAACAUUGGGUAGAAACACACACAUACACACAGAUGAGCUCGUGUGAAACUGCUGAACAUAGAAUGGGGUCUGUGGGUUGAGCCAGUGUCCAUUUUCUGAUUGUGACAUUGCACUGUAAUUGCAUCAGAUGUUACCACUAGGUAAACUGGGUGAAGGGCAUAAGACCUAUCAGUAUAUUUUUGCAGUUUCCUGGGAAUCUACAAUCAUUUCAAAAUAAAAACUUUCUGAAAAAUUAA